AUGAAGAAAUCUUUUGAAUCCGCUUCUGUUUGGCUAACGAAGGAAUACUUCGAAACGAUUCUUCGCAAAUACAAAAAAGAUAGUAAUCUUACAGUCACAAAAAUAAACUCCAGUUCGGGAACAUCAAAGGGCGAGAGUUUUAUAAGCACUUUGACGCGAUUCAAAGUGGAAUUCCUUUUGUCAAAUAACAAGGUGCCGCAACAUGGAUUUUACAUUGUAAAAACAGACUACGAAGGCGAUCCAGUCAUUGAUAAAUACAUGAGAAAGUUUGAUGUUUACAACAGAGAGAUGUUGAUGUACCAUCAGAUUUUGCCGCAAAUGACUACGCUCUUGCGGGAUAUCGGAGAUGAGGACAAGCUAUUUGCCGAUACAAUCCAUGUCGAUUUCGAGCGUUCUGCCAUUAUUUUUGAGGAUUUAUCGCCUUCACACUUUGUCGUUGCUGAUCGCAUCGCAGGAAUGGAUGAAGCACAAACAAGGUUAACACUGAAGAAACUAGCGAAAUUCCAUGCCGCUGGUGCGGUGUUGAACGAACGAAUGCCCGAUGUUUUGACAAGUUUGCAAGGAGGAUUCCUCAGGCGCACAAAUCAUGCCUUCGAACCAUUUCAUCAAGGCAUGAUUGAGGCCUGCGCUAAUUUCGCUUAUGGCUGCCAGGAGUUGGGUCCCUACUAUAAAGCGAAAUUGCUUAAACUGAAGGAGCACAUAUUUGAAUAUUCUGUACGUUGUUACGAUCCCAAAGAAAGUCAUUUUUUAACACUUAUUCAUGGUGAUAUUUGGUCAACUAACAUAAUGUUUUCGUUUGAAUCGAACGGCCAAAUGAAUGGCACUAAAACUGUUAAGGAUGCCCGACUAAUUGAUUUUCAGUUCAGCAAUUGGUCAUCGCCAGCAGUGGACUUGCAUUAUCUGUUUAAUACUUCGGUUGCAAAUGAAUUGCGUAUAAAUAAGCAGGAUGAGCUUAUACAGCAUUACCACUCGAUAUUAGCGGAUAUGCUUCGGAGGUUGAGCUAUGCCGGGCACAUACCCUCAUUACAUGAGCUCUGUGUACAACUGGAGGAUAGACGAUUUUAUGCCUUUACAGCAGCGAUAGUGAAUCAACCUUUACAAACAAGUGAAAAUACUGACGACGCGGAUCUUAAAAAUUUGACCGAGAGCAGUGAACGAUCCAGAAAUUUUUGCAAAGUAUUAUAUAGUAACCCGAAAGUACAAAAUAUUACCAAGACAAUGUUGCCGUUUUUCGAUCGCAAGGGCCUCCUAGAUGUAACUGAUUAGAUAAAUAACACUGGCAAAAUAAAUAAAUAAAAUAAUCAAAAAUAUAAUCUAAAC